AUGGCACAACAACAGACCUUGCUACCUAAUCAGGAUCCUGCUUCACCUUUUUACUUACAUCCUACUGAUAACACUGCAAGCCAAUUAGUUUCAGCAAAAUUCAAAGAAGAAGGAUAUGGAGAUUGGAAAAGUAGUAUGAUGAUUUCAAUGUCAUCUAAGAAUAAGUUAGGGUUUGUGAAUGGAACAAUAGUCCAACCUGACAUUACACGUGUUAUAUAUGAUGCUUGCGCAAGGUGUAAUGAUAUGAUGAUUUCUUGGCUGCUGUUCAAUUUGGACACAACUAUAGCCAAGAGUGUAUUGUACUUCAAUACAGCAAGAGAGAUAUGGGUGGAUUUAGAAGAGAGGUUUGGUUUUGUUUCUGGUCCACAACUGUAUUCUUUAGAACAGCAGGCUGUUGCUAUUACACAGGGAGGACAGAACAUUGCUGAAUUUUUCACAGAGAUCAAGUCAAUAUGGGACAAGAUGAGUGCAGCAAAUCCCUUGCCAUCUUGUACCUGCAAUCUGUGCACCUGUAACUUGACACAAAAGAUUUUUAAGAUGCAGCAAGAUCAAAGAUUGAUGCAGUUCUUAAUGAAGUUAGGAGAACACUUAUCCACUGCUAGAGGCAAUUUGUUAAUGAUGCAACCUCUUCCAACCAUUUCACAUGCCUAUAGAAUGCUGGCACAAGAGGAGAGACAAAGAGAAAUUUCAGCACUUGUGCCACAGAUGGAGAGCCAUGCCUUUGGUGCUGACAGAAGAAGGUACAACGACUUUCCUAAUAGGAACAACAACUACACUCCAUACAAGGGGCAACAGGGACAAUCAUAUGGGAGAAGUGGCUAUUCUUACAAUAAUCAGUCUGGAGGCAACAAGUCAAUUGGUUACAAGAAGCCUUUUACCUACUUCUGUGAUCAAUGCAAGGUGAAUGGACAUAGCACUAAAAGAUGCUUCAAGUUACAUGGAUUUCCUCCUGGUUUCACUGGGUUUAAGAAUGAUAAAAGAGCUGCAGCUGCAACCUAUAUAGAUGAGACUUACUUUGAUGAUAUGGCAGAUUAUCAACAUCAAUUUUACUCUGGUGACAAGGAACAAAACCAACCUGGUUUUCUCACAGCAGAACAAUGCACUCAAUUACUAAGUCUGCUCAACAAACAGCAAACUGAGAAGUCUAGUAAUGCAGAUGCUCAAGUUGAGGAAGGUGAAACUUCUGGUCAUGCUUUUAUGGCAGACAGUGGUGCAUCUGUUCAUAUGUGUGUUAGUCUUAGCAUGUUUGACAGUUAUGAACCUAUUAAAAAUUCUAAUGAGUAUAUCACAAUUCCUGAUGGAAGAAGGGGCCAUUUGAUGAAAAGGCCACUGGUUCUUGGUAGUGUGAGAUCAGGGCUGUACAGUGUGGAAUCUGGUCAGAAACAACACAUUACAGAAGAAUCAACUACUUGUCUUUCAGCAUCUAAUGCAAGCAGAAACAAUGCAGAGGUCUGGCAUUUGAGGCUUGGUCACAUGCCUUUCAAUAAGAUGAAACUCAUUGUCAGUGAUUUGAUUGAACCUAGCAAUAAUGAUUCCAUUUGUCAAGUAUGUCCAGCUGCUAAGCAAUCUAGGGUUUCUAUUCCUAUUAGUAGCAUUAAGACUACUGAGAGAUUUCAAAUGAUACAUCUAGACACUUGGGGCCUUACAAGAUUUAAUACAAAAGUUUUAUGUGUGAGAUCAGAUAAUGCUCUUGAGCUGUGUGAGGGAGACAUGAAGUAA